CUAACCUAUAACCAUGGACUAACUAACAAAUAAUCAAGAGUCUUAAUAGAGAAUGAGAGGUAUGAAACUAACAUUGGAGACCCCCUGGAGGAGGUGUAUAUGUGGGACGCUAAGCUUGCGGGACCGUGGCCACGUGGGGAGGGUAUCAGUGUGUUGGCGGGACAUGCAUACAGAGCACUCUACGCCGACUCCGAGGUGAGAAAGAAAAACGGAAGAUUUGCCGAGAAUACCAUGCGGAGUAGCCCUCGGUAUUUAACAAUGAACCGCGGAGAGGGAGUCGCUCUUGAUGAAGCGUACAUCACCGCCUCUGUGAAGUGAAAUUACCUGUACCAUUUAGAGAUUUUGCCCAUCUAAAUCUGCUUUUGGACAAAGCUACCUACUGCGAUAGCAGUAGCCUUACUCUAAGUACUCAUGGCUGCGCAGCUGCGGAAUCAGGGAGCUGCAGUGCCUGAUCUGGUUGCAGUCGGUCACCAGCAGGAAGAUGUUCAGGCUUGGAGAGCUCGCAACGGCAUAGACCUUGCAAGCCAGAUCAAGCUAGUCAAGAUAGCCCAUAUGCGCUACCAACAUCCAGACCUGGAAGAGAUUGGGCGAUUUCUGGGAGACUUCGGAAUGACCAUCGUUAAGAAGACUGAUAGCGAGGUGUGGUUUCGAGGGUACGGUCUAGAUCAAUAUGUUUAUCACGCGCUCAAGGGACCCAAGAAGUUCUUGGGUGGAACAUUCCUCGUCGAGUCAUAUGAAGAUCUCGAGCGUGCAACUAAGCUACCGGGGAGUAGCGAUAUUCAAGAGUUAGUGGAUGCACCUGGAGGCGGGUUUCUCGUUACAGUGCACGAUCCAGAGGGCUUCCCAAUGAACUUGAUGCAUGGACAGGUAGAGCGUGAAGAAAUUCCAGCCGAGAAGCCAAAAAAGCUCAUAUAUAACUUCGAAAAUGAGAAGCCCCGCGUCCGUGAAUUCUUAAGAUUCAAACCCGGUCCAGCAGCCGUACACAAGCUGGGUCACUACGGUCUGUGCGUCCAGAACUUUUCUGGAGAACUCGAUUUCUACCUCAAAAACUUUAACCUUGUACCAACCGACUUCCUAUAUGUCGACGAACUUGACGGGACUAAGAAAGAUGUUGCCAUCUUCGCCCACAUAGACCGCGGCGACGAUUAUGUUGACCAUCAUACGUUUUUCAUGAGCACUAACAAGACCAGCCACGUGCACCAUUGCUCCUUCGAAGUUCAUGACUAUGAUACCCAGAUGCUUGGGCACCAGUGGCUGAGCGAGAAGGGUUACGAACCCGUCUGGGGUGUAGGUCGACAUAUACUCGGGUCACAAAUAUUCGAUUAUUGGUGGGAUACGGCUCAUAACAUGAUCGAGCACUACAUCGACGGCGAUGUUGUCAAUCGCAAAACCCCAAUCGGCUAUAGUCCGGCUGGUGAUGAGUCGCUUGCUGUCUGGGGCCCAGAAGUGCCCCCAUGGUUUCUCCACUAGCGAUGACUUAGGUUGCAGAGUUGCAGUAACGGGAUAACUCUUUUUUCGAUGUGUAUUUAUGCAAGAUGGUGUUAUACAGAUGUGCAAUAUUUCAGCUUGUGCUUUACUUGAGAAACAUGUGUCAUACUAAUAUCCAGUACC